AAUCCGUACUGCUCACUUUCAAAAUAACUCAGGUGGGUGCUAGUGUCACAUGCAAGAACAUAUGGUGCUAAAGGAAUAAAUCCUUGUAAUUGAGGAUUAAAAAUGAAAAAAAUCUCUGUGUGCGCGCACGUGUGAUGUGGUAAAGACAAGAGAUCUAAAGAAUAUACACAACUUGGUGUCAGAAACAACUUAAAUAUUGUGUUGUGUCUCUCACUCUCUCUCUCUUACUCACUCUUCUCUUGGGUCUCUAGCUAUUAUCUUCUCCGCCCCGGAGAUCCGUCGUGCGUUUUUCUCUUCCUUCUCUCUCUAUCAAUGGAUUCCCUCGUCGAAUCCGGUUGGCAGUACCUUGUUUCUAACUUCAGCGACUUUCAACUAGCGUGCAUUGGGAGUUUCAUCGUCCACGAAACUGUCUUCUUCUUGUCUGGUCUCCCUUACAUCUUCCUUGAAAGAACGGGUUUGCUUAGCACUUACAAAAUUCAGACAAAACACAACACCCCUGAAGCGCAAGGAAAGUGCAUAGCGUGGCUAUUGUUUUACCAUUCAUGUGUAAACUUUCCCCUCAUGAUGUUCUCUUACCGUGUCUUCAAAUUCAUGGGCAUGCGGAGCAGUUUUCCUCUGCCCUCCUGGAAAGUGGUGUCUGCCCAGAUCUUAUUCUUCUUCAUCAUUGAGGAUUUUGUAUUCUAUUGGGGUCAUAGGAUCUUGCAUACAAAAUGGCUGUACAAGAACGUGCACAGUGUGCACCAUGAAUACGCCACACCGUUUGGUUUGACGUCAGAAUAUGCUCACCCCGCUGAGAUUCUCUUCCUGGGGUUUGCUACCUUUAUUGGUCCGGCUCUCACCGGGCCUCACCUAAUCACCCUUUGGUUGUGGUUGGUGCUUAGAGUCAUUGAGACAGUCGAAGCUCAUUGCGGUUAUCAUUUCCCAUGGAGUCCCUCUAAUUUUCUUCCUCUGUAUGGCGGUGCUGACUUCCAUGACUACCAUCAUCGUUUACUUUACACAAAGUCUGGGAACUACUCAUCAACUUUUGUCUACAUGGAUUGGAUCUUUGGUACCGACAAGGGUUACAGAAAACUGAAGGCCCUAAAAGAAACCUGAAAACAUGUUAAAACUUGGUUUAUCAAGAGAAAGGUUUCACUCUCCAAAACUAGAUCUCCUUUUGUUUUGCGUCUCGUGAAUAUUUAAAACUUUAGUCAUAAGAGCAUCAUUAUGCUAUUGCUCUGAAUCUUUAUUACUGUUUGCCUUAAUCUUUGGUUAGAGCUACUGCUCCUAGUUGCAUUUAGUCCAUAAGAUUCAUUCUCAUGUAUGUGCCUUGCGGCAUAGACAAAGAUCCUCCUUCAAGUUAUCUAUCUAAAACCUAAAAGUUGAACUU